AUGUCGAAAAUCUCAAAAGCUUCUUCUCUCUGUUUACUCCUUCUCGUCUUCUUCCUCUUCAGUUCCCAACCCGCACUCUCACUCCGUGGCCCAAAACUUCAAUCAUCAGAACCAAAAUCAGCUCAAACCCUAAUGAAUAAUUCGUCUUCAAUGAACAAGAUCAACUCUGGAAAUGCAAAAUCCAUGAUUGCUGGUUUCUUCAGUCACAAGUUUCCAUUAAAGGGAUGGCCUUUCCCUAAGUACCCACCUUUCACUAUGGUUAACCCUAAUAUUGCAACAAACCCAUCUGGAGCGCAAGAGGAAUCCGCAAAGUUACCUUCUUCUCCAAGCAAAGACAACAAAGAUGGACGAAACGCUUGA